GCGAAGCCUUGAUACCGCGAAGCUCGAUGAGGCGCAUCUUCAGCGUGCUCGCUUUGUGCUCGCUGCUCGUUUUGUCGUCGGCGGAUUGCCCAAGCGCCCCCUGCCCAGCGCGCUGUCCAGAAGCGGUGGAGGUGCAGUCAGAUUUCGUAAAGAACCACUUCGACAUCCAGCGAUUUUGGGGCGUGUACUACGAGAUUGCCUAUCACGAUAGCACCCAGCCGCGUCGCUGGCCCAUCAAAGCCUCUUGCCAACGCUCGGUGAAGUCGCAACAUCCAGGAGAUCCCAAGAAUUACAAGGACUUGUUCUCCCUGAAUGUCGGCCCAGGAAAAGGCGUCAACGCGGUGUGUGACUUGGAGUUCAACCUCACGCACUCACCUGGUGUCUUCAUGGGCCAUUGGUCGGGUCAUUCCAUUUUCAAUCCCAACCUGACGGAUAUCGAGAACACCGUGGUGGACGUGGGCGUCGCAGCGAAUGGGACCUACAACUGGACCCUGGAAUUUCAGUGCAAGAACGCCGCGGCGUCGGGCAUCCGCUUUGCUGCGGUGAAUUUCUACCAUCGAAAACCCAAGAUUGACCAGGAGGAGUUUCAGUUGAUGAUGGAACGGCUGCGUGCGUUGGGCUUAGGCUGGGUGGUCGAUGCCUCCCCCGGGCUCACUAUGGUGGACCAGCAGAAAUGCAUCGACCACCAGAGCUAUCCUCCGCUGGAUGCGAAAGCUGCCCUCUGUGGUCAAGGGCUUCGUGAUGACCGUACAGAACAUGAGGAGCUGUUUGUCUAGCGAGGGGGCCAUUUUGCCGCGCAGAAGGGGCCAUUUCGCCAGCUGUACAGUACAUGUCUUGCAGAUGUGGACCAAUACAUUCCACCAGGAUCAGCCGGGGAUGUGAAAACAUCGCCAUGUGAAUCCCAUGUGAAUCCCCGGUGUUUCACUGGGCUUGGAGGGAUGGGUCGAAGUCUUGUCGCCUCUGAGAAUUUGGCUAACAGUUUGUGAACUUGAAGC